CCUCGUUACAAAUCACCCAAAUUUUUCUCCUCUUUAACGUUCACUUAUAGUUCGACUGCGACCCAACACAAUAUGAUUGUUGUAGGGUACUGUCGAACUGCGAUGGCAGCAUUAGCUGGCGCUGCAGCUGGUAUACUCGGCUUGACAGGAGUCAUUGGAUUCGUUUUCUAUGUAUUGUCUAGCGCGGCCCUGUCUCUGCUUCUUCUUCACAAGGCAGGCCCUCAAUGGCAAAAAUACUUUAUUCAUCGAUCCACUCUCCUGUACAGCCUCAUUUUUAGUGAACUUACGACUUAUAUCCUUUGUUGGACAUUUAUUUAUGGAAUGGUUCAUGUGUAUUAG